GAAACUCACUAAAGAAAUAGCAGAUUACAUUGAAACUAUAACAAACGGUGACAGAGAAAUGGGGCUAUAAAAGAGACAGGACAGGAUAAAAGCAACAAAACAGCAGUUAAAAGAAGCGGUAGGAAUUUGUAACGCAGAAUAUACAGUUUUUAGCCAAAGAUAUCAGACGCUAAACGAUAUAACAUGCAAGUUGCAACAACAGAAACAGCUGGUGGUUCUGCAAAUAAUCUUGGUUCUAGCAUGAAGGUGAAUAAUGCAAGUGGUCCAUUAAGAAUUCACUUUUUUUUUUUUUUAUUUGAGGGAGGGGCAUUUGAACUCUGCUCUUGGAGUUGUGAAUUAUGCAUAAUCAAUUACUGAGCCAAAUGCUUGGGGUGCAAAUUCAUAUUGCCCUUCAGGAUGAAGGAUUAGUGGAAUCCCAGUAAUGACUUUAGCAAGCACUAACCGCCAUUGGCUUAAAAUAGGCAGGUAAUUGCCUAAUCACAUGUUUUUGGAGUAGUAGGUGCUGCAAUAAACAAAAUACUUUUUCUCAAGUGAUACCUCCACCUCGAUUUGUGGGUUUCAUAUGCAUUACUCAUUAAAAACCAUUUUAGUUGCUUGGUUUCACUAUAAAUUUUGAAGUAGAGAAGUGUUUAUGCAUUGCAAAUUUGAAGACAGGAAGUACAUCUGCUUUCUGUUUCUUCUUGCUAUUUUGGGCAUUGCCUUGCUCAAUAUAGCAGAAGGAGCUGGUGAUUGUGGGAGAUCAUCUCCAGACAGGGAAGCCUGGAAGUUAGCUCCUUGCGCAAUGGCAGCACAAGAUUCGAAUGCUCAAGUGUAUGACAGUUUCUGCCAACAGGUGAAGACAAUAGGCCAGAAUCCACGAUGCCUCUGUGCUGUUAUGCUUUCUAAUACAGCUAAGAGUUCUGGAAUCAAGCCCGAAAUUGCUGUGACCAUUCCUAAACGCUGCAACAUUGCUGAUCGUCCUGUUGGUUACAAAUGUGGAGGUAUAUUUUUAUUUGCAUGGUAUUAUUUACAGAUUCUUUUACACAAUUUUUCUCUGCUUUAUAAGAUUCUCCAAGUUUAAGUCUCAAUUUUCCUUCUUCAUUUGCAUAUCUUGAAACGGCUUCUGAUAUUUUGCAGAUUACACUCUGCCUUGAGCAUAAAGGCACAAGUCAUGGUUCUUGGUCUCGUGUGCUGGAUUUUGUGCUUCGCUUUUUCUAGUUCAACUAGCUGAUGAGUUGGGUUAAUUAACUGUGACAUCCGGCUAUUUGAAUGAUAAAUAAAAGCUUGUGUUUAGUUAUCUUUCUAUAACUCGAUUAUUCUCUUAUGGCUCAAUGCUCAAACACCAUUCUCCCCAAGCAAUGGCAUCUUUGAGACCUUUACCUUGCAUGAUUCCUAUUGGUGUUGAGCUCCAACCUAAGAAUAUUCCUACGUUUGUAGAAGAGAGGAAUGGUUAAAGGUAAAGGCAGGAUUCCCUAUGUUUGCACUUUGAUGCGCAAGUCAGUAAAGAUCAGGUUAGCAAGAAAGCAGAAAAGAGAGAGAGAAAUAAAUCGGAUGAACCUACCUUCAUGGUGUCCAAGUCUUCAUAUUUAUAGGUAAGCUUAAUGGGACCAUAAGAGGACAAUUAGGACAAGGUCGAGCUGAGGUGGCACUAACUAUGUUAGGCCGACCUGACAUGUCAGGUCAGCACAAAUGACAAAGAGACCUCUGGUUGUCUGCUAAAAGCUUUGAGAGAGGAAAAGACCACUGUACUCUUUUAACCAUCAAAUACCCUUAAUACUAUGUUCUCCCAUCAAGCGGUUUGAGUAUCAAAUCACCAAAUUUAUUACCAAUAUCCUCGAUGUGGGACAGAUUGUCUGGGGGAAUAGAUUAGCUGCUUGGUUUGUCAAAGGCUAACGUUGCAAGAGGAGGUCAAUUUUGGAUGAUGAUCAGCUUUGAGCCACGGUCUAACCUAAUAGUUAUUUGAUCUCGUGCAUGUGUUCUAGAUUAAGUGCAUAAUCAGUUUAAAGGUUGUCAAAGUGAUAAUUGUUGAGGGUGACUCAAGAUUAGUUUUUUUGAUCGAGGUGAGCUAUUUUGGUUAAGCUAAUCACUUUGGUUGAGGUGGCCCAACCAAGCCUUUAUGUAGGCAAUUUACUAAGAUGAGCUUUUUGACUGAGGUGAUAGAGAUUAGCUCCUUGACAGAGGUGAUUGAGCCAAGCCUUUAUGUAGGUAAUUUAUCGAAAGGAGCUCUUUGACUGAGGUAGCCAAAUUGAGCUCUUUGACCAAAAUGGCUGAGAUGAGCUCUUUUGACCAAGGUGACCUUUUUUGUCCGAGCUGAACUAUUUGGUUGAGAUGGCCCAAUCAAGCCUUCAUGUAGGUAAUUUACCGAGAUAAACUCUUUGAUCAAGGUGGUUGAGAUGAAUUCUUUUGAUCGAGCUAUUUUGUCGAAUUUGGUCUUUAUGAAGUUAUUUCGUAGAUCCAAGCUCUUUUGAUCGAGUUGAGUCCGAGCUCUUUUGGCUGAGUUGUUUUGUCAAAUUAGACAUUUAUGAAGGUAUUUCGUAGAUCCAAGCUUUUUUGGCUAAGCUGAGUUCAAAAUCUUUGACCGAACUGUUUUGUCAAAUUGGACCUUUAUGAAGGUAUUUUGUAGAUCCAAGCUUUUUGGUCAAACUAUUUUGUCGAAUUAGACCUUUAUGAAGGUAGGUUAUAGAUUCAAACUUUUUUGAUCGAGCUGAGUCCGAGUUUUUUUUCUUAGCUGUUUUGUCGAAUUAGGCUUUGAUGAAGACAUUUCGUAGAUCUAAGCUUUUUUGGUCGAGUUGAGUCCGAGCUUAUUGGGCAAGCUGAGUUUGAGCUCUUUAAGCGAGCUAUUUUGUUGAGUUAAGUCUUUAUGAAGGUAUUUUGUAGAUCCAAGCUUUUUUGACCGAGUUGAGUUUGAACUCAUUUGGUCGAGUUGUUUUGUUGAAUUAGGCCUUUAUGAAGGCAUUGGUAGAUUCGAAUUCUUUUGGCCGAGUUGAGUUUGAUCUCUUUGGUCGAGUUAUUUUGUCAAAUUGGGCAUUUAUGAAGAUAUUUUGUGGAUCCGAAUUCUUUUGACCAAGCUAAAUCCGAGCUUUUUGGCCAAGUUAUUUUGUUGAGUUUGGCCUUUAUGAAGGCAUUUCAUAGAUCUAAACUCUUUUGGUCGAACUGAGUCUGAGUUUUUUGGUAGAGUUACUUUUUUCGAAUUGGGCCUUUAUAAAGGUAUUUUGUGGAUCCAAAC